AUGAAGAAGACAAUGGAAGAGCCAACCAAGAUCAUGAGAAGAUCAAUCCACACUUUCCUCCAAAACUACCACCAUGCCGCCACCACCGCAGCCGCCCUUGUCCUCCCUUUCUCAGCCGCUCUCCUCCUCUCUCAGGCCUUCUUCUCCUCUUCCUCCUUUCAUUUGAGGUUAAACACUCUCUUCCCUGGAGAGGGUACUUUCUCUUCUUCUCUUGAUUUCUUCAACCUUAAACUCUCACAAACACUUUCUUCCUCUUUACUCAGUCUCCCUUUCUCCCUCACUUUCUUCCUCUUCUCCAAAGCUUACGUCAUCAAACUCCUUUCAAACAACCACGACUCUGUUUAUUAUUACCUUCCUCUUCUCAGAACUUACAUUUGCAACUCUCUCUUCCUCCUCCCCGCAAACGCCUCUGCUAUUGCUCUGUUCUUAAUAGCUUCAAGAAACUUCUACACUCUAUUCUCCUUAGCCUCAGCCAUCAUCUACUCAAUCCUCCUCGCAAACGCCAUUGUCAUCACCAACCUAGCCUUGGUUUCAUCAACGUGCCCUUCCUCUUCAGGAGGAUACACGACACUUCUCAAUAUAGAAUCACACCUUGUUUCACAAGAAGUCCUUCUCUUGUUUAUUCAAUAUCAAAAGCUCAAACACAAAGCAAUCCCUCACACACCGUAA